AUGUCCGACCACCACCUCGCCGGCGACCACCACUCCUCCCCGGCGAGCACCGCCACCACGGCCCUCGGGACCCUGCUGCUCCUACCGUCGGAGCUCCUCCACGAGAUCCUCAUCCGCCUCGCGCUCCCGGAGCUGCUCCGCGUCCGCUCCGUCGCCCGUCCCCUGUCCCACCUCAUCUCCUCCCCGGACUUCCGCCGCUUCUACCACCUGUCCUCCGUCUCGUCCGGCCCCGCCCCGGCCGCCGCGUGGCUCCUCGUGUUCAAGAAGCUCCCGCCCCGCGGCGCCGCGCUACGGGGCUUCCACGGGCCGUCCGGCCGCUGGUUCCGCAUCCCCGUCUCGGACAUCAUCUCCCCCGCCGUGCCGCCGGGAGAGGACCUCUACUUCCUCGCCGCAUCCGGCAGCUCCUUCCUGUUCGCCGCCAACGGCCGCCGCGAGCUCGUGGUGGUUGACCUCUCGGCCCAGUCGGCCCGGCGCCUCCCGCCGUCCCCGCUCGGCCCCCGCGGCACCUCGUCCUGGCGUCGCUUCGGCCUCAAGCUCGUGGCCGAUCCCCCCGGAUCAAGCCAGUUUAGGUUUCUCUUCGCCGAGAUGGUGAACAACACGCCCGUUCUCUUCGAGUAUCAGUCUGACACCGACGCGUGGCAGUCAUCGGAGGCGGUGCUGGCAAAUGGUCCCGCCGCACCGGCAGGUCCCGACGGGGACGGCACGUACCUGUGCGCUGCCCACGCCGGGCCGGACUGCGUGAUGGUGUACUCAGGCCCGGGCGUGGACAGGCCGGUCUUCUUCCGCCCGCGGUUCCCGCACAACCCGAACGCCGGCGGCCACGGCGAUCGGCUCCACGUGUACGGCGACGGCAGCACCGUGGUGGUCCGAUCAACGGUGAUCGACGAGCCGAGCCGGACUCGGGUGAAGUUGGUGGCCGGUGUGGACCUCUACGGGCUUGGGCCGGAGGUGGGAGGCGACUGGCAGCUGGUGUCCACGGUGCCGGGCGAGCUGAUCGAAGGGUUCAGGAAGCCGUACGCCGUGAUGACGGGGCUGCUGGCGGAGAGGGAGGGCGUCAUGAGGCUGGUGCUCAUCUCCAACUGCAGGGGCGCGUGGGACCUGGUGUGGCUGUCGUACGACCGCGCGCGCGGCGAGUGGAGAUGGGUGCCGGUGCCGGACUGGGGCGGCGCCAAGGGCCUCAACAUGGCCGGCAUCGCCGUGUCGUCUACCUUCUCGCGCCUCUGGCCGCCGGCGCCAACCAUCUGCCGCUGA